UUUUCCAUUGGUAUUAAAGAGUAGCUUAUAUUUCGCCACACCAUGUCAUCCUGGAGGGGAUGCACAAUAAUCAUUGUAUAUACGCCUCUACAAUUUUAUUCGCAUCACGAAAGUGUUGUUAGAAAAGUUAGAAACUGAAUGACUAAAACAGUUUAUUCUCCUGGAGAAAGAGAGAAAAAAGUCAGAAUUUAGUGAUUUGAAAAGAUGCAAUGCACAAGCUCACACUGGUAUUCCACUUCAUACAAACUUCAAGGAGCAAAAGUAGCCCCUACUAUAAAAACAUCAAAUUACCAAACAAGAAAACAGAGAAUAGAAUCUUGUCAUAAUCUUAAAAAUGGCAGCAAUUGCUUACUCACUGAGUCAACUCGUUCACCGCCAACUGCAAAAUCAAUCACCAGCACUUCAAACCCAUUUGUGAAGCAUUGCGUAAAGCUCCGUCAGAGUUCUUCUUAUCGUCACUCUCAUGGUUCUGUGCUUGUCGUUGGCACUACCCUUAUCAGAGAAAUUCAUGAGUUUCAUGAGUUGAGACAAGAGCAAAAAAUGGCAGUAGAAUGUCUAUUUGUGCUUGAUAAAGCUGAGAUUCCUAAAGGAUUAUGUGAUAUUCCAGGAGAGAGAGUGUAUGUGAGCUCUUUGGUGAUGAAAAAGCUUUCUGGGGUUCAGUCAACUGAAUCAAUUGAAGUUAUAGCUCUCAUGAAGAUGCCUAAUUAUUUUAUGGAUUUGAGUGAUAAUCGUCUCGAGGUGGAUUGUACAAGGUGGUUUCGUUGUGCCGAUACUCAUCGAAUUCUAGUCCUUGAAGGGAUACAGGAUCCAGGGAACCUUGGUACACUGCUUAGAUCGGCCCUGGCGUUCAAAUGGAAUGGUGUUUUUCUGCUUCCUGGAUGCUGUGAUCCUUUCAAUGAGAAGGCACUCAGGGUUAGCAGAGGUGCGCCAUUUCAGAUUCCCCUAGUUUCGGGAAAUUGGGCACAUCUUGAAGCUUUUAGCAAUGAAGUUCAAGUGAAGAUGUUUGCUGGUCACCCUGCUAUUAGCAACGGAUUCAAGCCUGUUCAUAAGUUGUCCCAAAGGCUUGCACAUUCUCUGGCUGAUACGCCAUUAUGUUUACUUCUAGGCAGUGAGGGUACCGGUCUUACGGAGAGAGCAAGGGAAUUCUGUGAACUGGUAAGCAUACCAAUGGCUGAUAAUUUUGAGUCUCUUAAUGUUGCAGUGGCAGGUGGAAUAUUAAUGUUUAUGCUACAAUCUGAGUUAGAGGACGCCCAGACUUGAUUUCAGAUGCAAGUCUCUAGUAGACCGGUGCCUUAGUUCCACAUGCGCAGCUUAAAGUAAAUGAUAGAGAGAAGGUAGAAAUGAGUAAACUAUAUUGUAAAGUUUUCUUUUUUGUAAAAUCAUACUUCGUAUUAUAUACUUUAUUUUUUUUUGUAAAAUUAUACUUCGUAUUAUAUACUUUAGGGUUUCUAAUUAGAGAUUAUUACGUAGUAUAUGUUGAAUGUAAUUGAUCCAUGAGUUAAACAACAUAAAUAGUUUCAUAGAUUGAUUUGCCAUGGUCUUUGGUAUACCAAGAUGCUCUAUUGCUCUCCAUUAUAGGGGCACUUUCACC